GUACAUGCGAUGUGGUAAGAGUGUUAACAAAGAUACAACUGUACGUGGAUGACAAAACUUCCUCUUGAAGAAAAGCAUAUAAAUGGGUGAAUUCACACUUGAGAGAGAUGCUUUUCAUACAAGUGUGAGUUAUAAGUUUCACAUUACUUUAAAAAGUGAAGAUUGAACAAUAUAUAAGUGAAAUAACCCAUAAAUCUAAUACUUUAAGGUUUGAGGUUAAGAUGUUGCGUCUAACUGGUCUAACUAAUUUUAUGUAAUUGUUCAAAGUCGAAUGUGAUGUUUUUUUAAAAUUCUUUUUAAUAGCAAAGUCCAAAGCAUUGAUUGUCAGGCCCUCUCAUGACCUAUAAAAAAUAUGGGGAUUACUUUUGGCACCCCUGGUGGUGCUUAUGCACCCUUGAGAAUAACCAAAAGUGUCCAUAUAUUUUGAAGAUGCAUUUUCAGACGCAUCGCAUUCACACUCCAUUCAUUUGUAAGUGAAUCACACCCUCAUUUUUCCAAAAAUGAAUAUGGAGAUGCAUCUUUGUGACUAAUAUCACCAGACCCUCCCCUUUAUCAUUUCUAUAAAAAAUGGAAGUGCACUUCUUAUUUUGUCUAAAUAAUAAAUUUCAGAAAUACGGAAGUGCACUUCCGCAUUUUGUCUGUAUUAUUUGAUUUUGAUGUCUUUCAUCUGAGUUUGAUUGUUUCUUCUUUGUCUGUUUUAUUUAUAGGUAAAAUGGGUGACAACCAAGAACGAUUAAUGCAUUGUAGAGUGUCAUAGCAUGCAUCUGUUUAAAAGGAGAGAGCUCGACACUCACGAACACUCAUUGGUGCUAGUUCAUUUGAUACAUAAGUGUCUCCUGCUACUGCCUCGGAAGCCCCACCAAUCCAAGUUGAUGCACUUACUAUUGAUGUUGUCGUACCUAAGGGUGUUCAUGAGGAAAUCGGAGGAGGCCCAUAUGACCCUUCACUACUACCUCUGUAUGAAAACUAUGUUGUUAGGCAUGUGUGAGACAAAGAGUACCAUGAUGUUUUAAAAUGCAUCAACCAUGGUAGGAAGGUUGUGAGGCUGCAACGUCCUAAGGAGCAAUAAUUUAAUAAUGCCAUGCAACUAUCUAGGCUGCAAGAUUUACACAUGACCAAUUAUGUUGUUAUUAACCAUGGUAUGAUGUUAUCUUUCAUUAAGAGAUGUCACUUAGAGAUGUCAUAUUUUCAUCUUACGCAUGGUGACAAGUCCAUCAAACUGGAUGAUGUGUUAUCUCUACUACAUCUUAACUUAUAUUGUGUCAUUUCGUAUUCGGUAUAGCAUUAGCAGCCUAUUUUAACUUAUAUUAUGUAACACCGUUAUCUCAUUUCAUUUGCCUCUAAACUAAAAACAAUUCACAUUCCAAAAUUUUAAAGUGGUAGGUGUGUGAAUUCUUUCACUUAAAAUUAUUUAAGUCUCCACAUUUUAAAUCAAUAUGAGACUUUGUCAGACAACUUAUAUUUGUUAUUCUCAACACUUCCCUCAAAUGUGAGUCUAAUCACAAUGCUCUCCUUUAAACGGAAGUAUUUUACACUUGUACCGCCAUUGAUACUUUUCAACGGAUCACCUCAUAUCCAAUAAAAAAUUUCGAUACAAAUGAGUCGAUCCCUUCACUUGAACCAACAACUCAUAAUAUACUAACUAUUGAGUCAUCAUUGAAGUUUUUUUAUGAACAAUACACUUUUAUGAGAGACACACCACAUAUUCACUCAAAAUCUUAAAGUAAUAGACAUGUGGAUUGUCUCACUUAUAAUAACCCAAAUCUCUAUAUUUCAGACUUCUUUACACAACUCACACUUGCUAUUCUAAAAAAACUGAUAUAAUUUUUGUACAUCUCAGCAACAUUUGGUUAAUUCAAUCGAGCAUAAGAAUUAACUACAACUUACCUAUAAAUUAUAGUUUAAAUAUCUAUUAAAUUGAAUUCACCAUAAUUUCUUCAUAUAUUUAACGAGAUAUGGCCAAAACUGUAAAGUUAAAGGUGUGCUUCUAUCAUUGUCCUUUUUAAAAUAUUUUGUCUCUUCUUGAAUGUUUUGAUUCGAGUCCUCUCCUGUAUUCUUUCUUUUUCUUCUAUGUUUUUUGCGUGUUGCAAAAAAAUAGUAUAAACAACUUAUACACGUGAAAAAUGUAGUUAUAUUUGAUAUUUUAUAAAUAAAAACUUUAUAUAAUUUUACCUAGUACCUAGAUUCAUUGUAUUAUAAAUAUGUCUAACAUGGGAUAAGGUAUUUCCACACCAUAUUGUCGCAUAGAUUCCAUCACAAAGAAUCAAAACAGAAAACAUGCUAAUGCAACAAACUUAUUGGAGGCCAAAUAGCGUGAUCUUGCAAAAGCCAUGCCUCCAUAGAUGUUUUCAGGUUGGGUUGUCAAGGCCAUUGUUGACAAAGAAAAAGAAAGAGAGGAAAUUUAAGAAUGAGUGCAUGAAAAUCAAAGCUGUGGCUGUGAGUGAAGAAGCAAUAGAAAGAAAAUCAGUUGAAGUGAAAGCUAUAGUGACUGUUAAGCCAGUGGUUGAAGGGGUUCUCUCAAACGUGGGACUACAAAGAGGUCUUGAUAAAAUAAGUGAUUUGAUGGGUAAAUCAAUUCUCUUGGAGCUUGUUAGCUCUGAGCUAGAUCCAAAGACAAAAUUAGAGAAGAGAAGAAUCAAAGGUUACGUUCGUUUGACGAAUCGAUCAGCACAAGAAGUAAAAUAUGAAGCUGAAUUUGAAGUACCAGCAAAUUUUGGAGAGAUUGGUGCUAUUCUUGUGGAAAAUGAACAUAGAAAGGAAAUAUUCAUGAGAGAAAUUGUUCUUGAUGGAUUUCUCACUGGUCCUGUUAAAUUUUCUUGUGAAUCUUGGGUUCGUUCCAAGUUUGACAACCCUACUAAGAGAGUGUUUUUUUCAAACAAGUCAUAUUUGCCUUCUGAAACACCAGAAGGAUUGAAAAUGUUAAGAGAAGGGGAACUGAUAAGUUUACGAGGCAAUGGACAAGGCGAACGCCAAUGGUUUGAUCGAAUAUAUGACUAUGAUGUGUAUAAUGACCUUGGAGAUCCUGACACCGAUCCCAAACACAAGAGACCUGUUCUCGGUGGCAGUGAACAUCCAUAUCCUAGACGUUGUAGAACCGGAAGACCUCGUUGUAAUACUGAUCCAUUGUCUGAGAAAAGAAGCAGCAGUGUCUACGUGCCUAGGGACGAAUGCUUCUCUAGUGUAAAACAACUCGUAAUUUCAGAAAAUACCUUACAGUCUGUUUUCAAUCCUCUUUUCUCGGGUUUGAAAACAUCUGUAAUUGACAAGAAUCUUGGAUUCCCUCUUUUCUCAUCCAUAGAUGACCUUUUCAAUGAAGGAUAUACCUUGCCUCCUCAAAAGGAGAAAGGAUUUCUUAGGACUGUGUUGCUGCGGUUGGCCAGGCUUGUCAGUGAUGCUACGGUUCUUCGUUUUCAGACUCCCGCCACAGUGGAUAAGGACAGAUUCUUUUGGUUUAGAGAUGAAGAAUUUGGAAGACAGACUAUAGCUGGUCUUAAUCCUUGUUGCAUCCAAUUGGUUACGGAAUGGCCAUUGAAAAGCAAACUUGACCCUAAUAUUUAUGGUCCUGCGGAAUCAGCAAUAACUACGGAAAUAAUUGAACAACAAAUCGGAGGACUCCUUACUGUUGAAGAGGCCAUAGAACAGAAGAAGUUGUUCAUUCUAGACUACUAUGAUUUUUUCAUGCCAUUAGUAGAGGAAGUUAGAAAACUUGAAGGCACAACAUUGUAUGGCUCGAGGACUUUGUUCUUUCUAACACCCGAUGGCGCAUUAAGACCACUAGCAAUUGAGCUAGCUCGGCCGCUGAUGAAUGGAAAGCCACAGUGGAGGCAAGUGUUCACACCUUCUUGGCACUCAACUGAAGUUUGGCUUUGGAGACUUGCCAAAACUCAUGUCCUUGCUCAUGAUGCUGGCUUUCACCAACUUGUUAGUCACUGGUUGCGAACUCAUUGUAGUACAGAACCAUACAUCAUUGCAACAAACAGGCAACUCAGUGCAAUGCAUCCAAUCUACAGAUUAUUACUUCCACAUUUUAGAUACACACUGGAAAUCAAUGCACUUGCACGUGAAAAGCUAAUAAAUGUCGAUGGAAUAAUAGAGAGUUAAACUACCCAUAUUAAACUACCCAUAUUUUUUAUACACCUCUUUAUUAAAGUACAUGCGAUGUGGUAAGAGUGUUAACAAAGAUACAACUGUACGUGGAUGACAAAACUUCCUCUUGAAGAAAAGCAUAUAAAUGGGUGAAUUCACACUUGAGAGAGAUGCUUUUCAUACAAGUGUGAGUUAUAAGUUUCACAUUACUUUAAAAAGUGAAGAUUGAACAAUAUAUAAGUGAAAUAACCCAUAAAUCUAAUACUUUAAGGUUUGAGGUUAAGAUGUUGCGUCUAACUGGUCUAACUAAUUUUAUGUAAUUGUUCAAAGUCGAAUGUGAUGUUUUUUUAAAAUUCUUUUUAAUAGCAAAGUCCAAAGCAUUGAUUGUCAGGCCCUCUCAUGACCUAUAAAAAAUAUGGGGAUUACUUUUGGCACCCCUGGUGGUGCUUAUGCACCCUUGAGAAUAACCAAAAGUGUCCAUAUAUUUUGAAGAUGCAUUUUCAGACGCAUCGCAUUCACACUCCAUUCAUUUGUAAGUGAAUCACACCCUCAUUUUUCCAAAAAUGAAUAUGGAGAUGCAUCUUUGUGACUAAUAUCACCAGACCCUCCCCUUUAUCAUUUCUAUAAAAAAUGGAAGUGCACUUCUUAUUUUGUCUAAAUAAUAAAUUUCAGAAAUACGGAAGUGCACUUCCGCAUUUUGUCUGUAUUAUUUGAUUUUGAUGUCUUUCAUCUGAGUUUGAUUGUUUCUUCUUUGUCUGUUUUAUUUAUAGGUAAAAUGGGUGACAACCAAGAACGAUUAAUGCAUUGUAGAGUGUCAUAGCAUGCAUCUGUUUAAAAGGAGAGAGCUCGACACUCACGAACACUCAUUGGUGCUAGUUCAUUUGAUACAUAAGUGUCUCCUGCUACUGCCUCGGAAGCCCCACCAAUCCAAGUUGAUGCACUUACUAUUGAUGUUGUCGUACCUAAGGGUGUUCAUGAGGAAAUCGGAGGAGGCCCAUAUGACCCUUCACUACUACCUCUGUAUGAAAACUAUGUUGUUAGGCAUGUGUGAGACAAAGAGGUAAAAUUUAUUAGUAUUUAUUCCUUAAAACACAUGUGUUACAAUAUUCAAACUUUAUGACAAUGAUGUAUUUUUUCAUAGUACCAUGAUGUUUUAAAAUGCAUCAACCAUGGUAGGAAGGUUGUGAGGCUGCAACGUCCUAAGGAGCAAUAAUUUAAUAAUGCCAUGCAACUAUCUAGGCUGCAAGAUUUACACAUGACCAAUUAUGUUGUUAUUAACCAUGGUAUGAUGUUAUCUUUCAUUAAGAGAUGUCACUUAGAGAUGUCAUAUUUUCAUCUUACGCAUGGUGACAAGUCCAUCAAACUGGAUGAUGUGUUAUCUCUACUACAUCUUAACUUAUAUUGUGUCAUUUCGUAUUCGGUAUAGCAUUAGCAGCCUAUUUUAACUUAUAUUAUGUAACACCGUUAUCUCAUUUCAUUUGCCUCUAAACUAAAAACAAUUCACAUUCCAAAAUUUUAAAGUGGUAGGUGUGUGAAUUCUUUCACUUAAAAUUAUUUAAGUCUCCACAUUUUAAAUCAAUAUGAGACUUUGUCAGACAACUUAUAUUUGUUAUUCUCAACACUUCCCUCAAAUGUGAGUCUAAUCACAAUGCUCUCCUUUAAACGGAAGUAUUUUACACUUGUACCGCCAUUGAUACUUUUCAACGGAUCACCUCAUAUCCAAUAAAAAAUUUCGAUACAAAUGAGUCGAUCCCUUCACUUGAACCAACAACUCAUAAUAUACUAACUAUUGAGUCAUCAUUGAAGUUUUUUUAUGAACAAUACACUUUUAUGAGAGACACACCACAUAUUCACUCAAAAUCUUAAAGUAAUAGACAUGUGGAUUGUCUCACUUAUAAUAACCCAAAUCUCUAUAUUUCAGACUUCUUUACACAACUCACACUUGCUAUUCUAAAAAAACUGAUAUAAUUUUUGUACAUCUCAGCAACAUUUGGUUAAUUCAAUCGAGCAUAAGAAUUAACUACAACUUACCUAUAAAUUAUAGUUUAAAUAUCUAUUAAAUUGAAUUCACCAUAAUUUCUUCAUAUAUUUAACGAGAUAUGGCCAAAA